AUGGUUGCCAUCCUAGCGGACCGCCUCGCAGUCAGCGACGGGCCCUUGAACUCAGAGAACGCGGCUCUCCUCCGUCCCUCUGAUGCCACUCUACCACUCGAGGAGCUACGAAAGAGAUUUGAAGAGGAUGGAUAUCUCUUUUUGAAGCAAGUGCUUCCACGAAACGAUGUUUUGGAAGCCCGCAGCGCAUACUUCUCAUCGCUCAAGUCCACCGGCAUUCUAAAGCCUGGCAGCGAGCCCGUCGAGGGUAUCUUUGACCCGGCAAAAAGCCACGAAAAAUAUCCUGGAAUCGGCGCUGGACAUGCCGACGGGAAUGGCAGACCGGGUGGUGAACAGGCCGCGGCAUUCGUGGACCUAGCCCUCGACGCUCAUUACCAAGACUGGUAUGCAGAGAAAUUCUGCAACCACCCGGCUCUAUAUGAUUUUAUUGCUCGAUUCUCCGGCUGGAACGAGAACACGCUCAGUCUGCGUCGUACGCUACUGAGAAACAACCUUCCCGGCUCGAAGCCCAUUGGUGUGCAUUAUGACCAAAUCUUUCUGAGACAUGGCGACCCGACCAGUAUCACGGCCUGGGUCCCGAUGGGUGACAUCAAAUUGAAUGGCGGGGGCUUGAUCUAUCUGGAAGAUGGCGACGGUAUUGGGGUGGAGCUGGAGCAAGCCUUUUUCAAAAAGGCAAAAGAAGCCGGUAUGAGCGAUGAAGAGGCUAAAAAUGGCUUUAAUGCCAAUAUGAUGGCCACGGGCUUGCUCUCGGAAUUCCCGGCGGAGUUUGCCCGGGAUCAUGGGCGGCGGUGGUUGGUCUCGGCCUACGAGGCUGGGGAUGUUGUCUUACACAAGCCUCAUAUGAUUCAUGCAUCAACCAUUAACCAUGAUCCCGAUAACGUGAUUCGCCUUGCGACGGAUCUUCGAUUCUGUGACUCGUCAAAGCCAUUUGAUAAGCGAUGGAUGAAUCACUACACUUUCAAUGACGGGGUUUAG